CUUGCUGCAGGAUGCAUUAAGAGAAGAGGAUCCUUACUCACUAGGCAUGGAGAGCAGCUUGUCAGCUUCCAGCAUGCAGGACCCUUCCUCUUCACCCUUGGAAAAACAGCAAAACUUAGCGAGUGGUAAUGGAGGUCUCGAUUCAGAAGAAGGCUCGAGCCUGGAGGAAAUUGGCUUUAACUGGGGAGAGUAUCUGGAAGAAACAGGUACCAGCGCAGCUCCUCACACGUCCUUCAAGCAUGUUGAAAUCAGCCUUCAGAGCAAUUUCCAGCCGGGGAUGAAGUUGGAGGUGGCCAACAAGAACAACCCAGAUACGUACUGGGUGGCCACGGUCAUCACCACCUGUGGGCAGCUGCUGUUGCUACGUUACUGUGGUUACGGUGAGGACCGCCGGGCUGACUUCUGGUGUGACGUGGUGAUCGCGGACCUGCACCCUGUGGGUUGGUGCACGCAGAACAACAAGGCCUUGAUGCCCCCGGACGCAAUCAAAGAGAAGUACACAGACUGGACAGAAUUCCUCAUUCGUGAUUUGACUGGUUCCCGGACGGCACCUGCCAACCUCCUGGAAGGUCCUCUGCGAGGGAAAGGCCCUAUAGACCUCAUUACAGUUGAUUCCUUAAUAGAACUUCAGGAUUCUCAGAGCCCUUUUCAGUACUGGAUAGUUAGUGUGAUUGAAAAUGUUGGAGGAAGAUUACGCCUUCGCUAUGUGGGAUUGGAGGACACUGAAUCCUAUGACCAGUGGUUGUUUUACUUGGAUUACAGACUUCGACCAGUUGGUUGGUGUCAAGAGAAUAAAUACAGAAUGGACCCACCUUCAGAAAUCUAUCCUUUGAAGAUGGCGUCUGAGUGGAAAUGUGCUCUGGAAAAAUCCCUUACUGAUGCCGCACACUUUCCUCUUCCAAUGGAAGUGUUUAAGGAUCAUGCAGAUCUGCGAAGCCAUUUCUUCACAGUUGGGAUGAAGCUAGAAACAGUGAAUUUGAGCGAGCCCUUUCAUAUCUGUCCUGCAUCAGUGACCAAGGUUUUUAACAAUCAUUUUUUUCAAGUGACCAUUGACGACCUAAGACCAGAACCUAGUAGACUCUCAAUGCUGUGCCAUGCGGAUUCUUUGGGGAUUUUACCAGUGCAGUGGUGCCUUAAAAACGGAGCCAAUCUCACCCCUCCCAAAGGUUACUCUGGCCAGGACUUCGACUGGGCAGAUUAUCACAAGCAGCAUGGGACAGAGGAAGCACCUCCCUUCUGCUUCAGAAAUACAUCAUUCAGUCGGGGUUUCACAAAGAACAUGAAGCUUGAAGCCGUCAACCCCAGGAACCCAGGAGAGCUCUGCAUGGCCUCUGUUGUCAGUGUGAAGGGGAGGCUGAUGUGGCUUCACCUGGAAGGUCUGCAGACUCCUACUCCAGAGUUCAUUGUCGACGUGGAGUCCAUGGACAUCUUCCCCGUGGGCUGGUGCGAAGCCAACUCUUACCCUCUGACCACACCACACAAAACAGUCUCACAAAAGAAAAGAAAGAUUGCAGUCGUGCAGCCAGAAAAACAAUUGCCAUCCACAGUGCCUGUUGAGAAGAUACCUCAUGACCUUUGUUUAUUCUCUCACCUGGACACCUCAGGUACUGUCAACGGAAAAUACUGCUGUCCUCAGCUUUUUAUCAACCACAGGUGUUUCUCAGGCCCUUACCUGAACAAAGGGAGAAUCGCAGAGCUACCUCAGUCGGUGGGACCAGGCAAAUGUGUGCUGGUUCUGAAAGAGGUUCUUAGCAUGAUAAUCAAUGCAGCUUACAAGCCUGGAAGGGUAUUGAGAGAAUUACAGCUGGUGGAAGAUCCACACUGGAAUUUUCAGGAGGAGACGCUGAAGGCAAAGUACAGAGGCAAGACGUACCGGGCUGUGGCCAAGAUUGUACGGACCUCGGACCAGGUAGCAGACUUCUGCCGGCGGGUCUGUGCCAAGCUGGAGUGCUGCCCAAAUUUGUUCAGUCCCGUGCUGGUUUCGGAGAACUGCCCAGAGAACUGCUCCAUUCACACCAAAACCAAGUACACCUAUUACUAUGGAAAGAGAAAGAAGAUUGUGAAGCCCCCGAUCGGGGAAGCCAGCACUGAGAGCGGACACCCGAAGCCAGCCAGACGUAGGAAACGGCGGAAGUCCAUCUUUGUGCAGAAGAAGCGGAGGUCUUCUGCCGUGGACUUGGCCGCAGGCUCGGGGGAGGAGAGCGAGGAUGCGGAUGCCAUGGAUGAGGAUACUGGGAGUGAGGAAACCAGCUCCGAGCUCCGCGAUGACCAGACAGACACCUCUUCGGCCGAGGUCCCCUCUGCGCGGCCCCGGAGGGCCGUCACCCUGAGGAGCAGCUCCGAGCCUGAGCGCCGGCCACCCGUGGAGAGGCCGCGGCGGGGCCGGAGGGCGCAGGCCGCCUCGUGUGCCGAGGGGGCAGAGCAGGGCGCGGCCACCGGCCAGGACCCAGCGGGGGACCCGAAGCAGGAGGAAGAGGAGAGGCUCGUUCUGGAGAGCAACCCAUUGGAGUGGACGGUGACCGAUGUGGUGAGAUUCAUCAAGCUGACGGACUGUGCCCCCCUGGCCAAGAUAUUUCAGGAACAGGACAUUGAUGGGCAGGCACUGCUGUUGCUGACUCUCCCCACGGUGCAGGAGUGCAUGGAGCUGAAGCUGGGGCCCGCCAUCAAGCUGUGCCAUCAGAUCGAGCGAGUUAAAGUGGCUUUCUACGCCCAGUACGCCAACUGA